GUGCUGCACACGAGCGGGGGAUCUCACUCUGAUCACCCUCUCCAAAGGGGAGGGAGGGAAGAAAGAGAGGAGGAAAAUGCUUCUCGGACGGAUCUCACAGCUGAAAUGUCUCCGGGAUGGACAGACACGGAGAUAGAUUGCGCGACAGACGCGGGUAAAACCAGAGACAUGUUGCAUCAACACCCAACCGGGAGGCUGAGGAGGACGAUGCUGUGAGUCCUGGGAGGUUUCCAAACCAUCUCGGAGCUCCGCGGGGCACACACACGCACACACACGCACACACACACGCGCGCGCGCACACGCGCACGGGACCCAUAAGAAAUGUUCAAAGUUAGACCGUGUCGUCUCCAAGUGCGAGCCCGCAACAGCUGCAGCGAAUGAGCAUGAAUUGAAGAAGAAUGCACGCCGUUUGGGAGAUAGCUGUGAUUCUGCAAACAUAUAUCAUCUGCACGUCAUCAGCUCAGCCGAUUACAUCCAAGCUCGAUGCAGGUUGGUGGGCGUAUAAGGACGUCGUCCAGGGCACCUUUGUUCCAGUCCCGUCCUUCUGGGGUCUGGUGCACUCCGCCUGGAACCUGUGCGCCAUAGGGAAGAGGCAGUCCCCCAUCGACAUCGAGACCAGUCACAUGAUCUUUGACCCGUACCUGACCCCUCUGAGGCUCAACACCGGAGGACGCAAGAUGGGAGGCACCAUGUACAACACGGGGAAGCAUGUGUCUCUGAGGCCGGACAAAGCCCACCUUGUGAACAUCUCAGGGGGGCCACUGGGUUACAGCUACAGGCUGGAGGAGGUCCGCCUCCACUUUGGGAGCGAGGACUCCCAGGGUUCAGAGCACCUCCUCAAUGGGCAGGGCUUUCCUGGAGAGGUCCAGCUGAUCCAUUAUAACCAGGAUCUGUAUGCCAACUACACAGAGGCCGCCAAGAGCCCCAACGGCAUCGCCGUGGUCUCCAUCUUCAUAAAGCUCUCCGAAAACUCCAAUGCCUUCCUCAACCGCAUGCUCAAUAGAGACACCAUCACCAGAAUCAACUACAAACAUGAUGCGUUCCUAUUAAUGGGCCUGAACAUCGCUGACCUUUACCCUGACACCACACGUUACAUCACCUACGAGGGCUCCAUCACCAUCCCUCCCUGCUACGAGACGUCCACGUGGAUACUCAUCAACAAGCCGGUCUACGUGACACAGAUGCAGAUGCACUCCCUGCGCCUCCUCAGCCAGAACGAGCCCUACAAGAUCUUCCUGAGUAUGAGCGACAACACCCGGCCCACCCAACCUCUGCUGCAGCGCUGCAUCCGAACCAACAUCAACUUCAGCAAGCAGGGUCGAGACUGCCCCAACAACCGCGCCCUCCGUCCACAGUACAGAGUGAAUCAGUGGCUCCUGAAGUAGGAGAUAAAAAAGAUGUCAAGCUGCAGGGCCACGGGAGGAGAGGCGGAAUUCAUUCACACUGCCAAACCGAGCCGAGCCUGCUGUUUGACCUGAGCUGAACGGGAGGCAAAAGCGCCGUGCUUUACUUCAGACAUCUUAACCACACUGAUCUCAGCUGCUCAGCUGACCCAACUCCAAACAAUCUUCUGUGCUGGCCUCCCACAGCGAGGGCUUUGACCAGACUUUGAGUCCAAAGUCUUCUCCCUUCUGUAUUUUUAUUUGUUGUGUUAACUCACAAAGACUGGAGAUGCAAAGGCACUCAAUCAUUUUCUUUGGCUGGUUUUCAGAUGUUAUUUAAAGACUACAGUAUACUCCGUUUCUCUGCUCGUUCAUGCCUACAUAAGGGAAAUUGUGGAAAUGAUCAUCCAUCGACUGGAGGAAUUAAUGCAUUUCCAUUGAUGGUCUGAACUCCUGCAACAAAGACCCAGCUGUGGUAUGAUGAGAGAUACAAAAAAAAAUCUGCUGGUUCUGAUAUCACAUAGUAAAGAAGAAGGUAAUUUUCAAAGAGAAUUUGAAAUGUGUGAAUUGCAAUUUACAUAGCUGAAGGGGGGGAAAAAGAGGGAGAGACUGCAACUCUGACAUUUUACAGUCCUGAACAGAUUUAUGUAACCGAAUUGGAAAGGGAUAGGUCACUAAUGUUGCAUGAUUUUACAAUAGUUCAACUGUAUUUAAGUUAUUUAAUUAAAAAGUGAUGACAGAA